ACAACAUGGAUGUCGCGGUAAAUGUGAUUUCAUUAGUAACGUUUUUGAGUAUUUUGUCACUUGCAGGCGUACUAGGGCAAACUGAUACCACAGCUUUGUCGGCCUCAACAGAUACCGUAACUGUCAGUGUUUCAGACUCUACAAUACAAACCUCAGAGACAACAUCCAUUACUAAUUCAGCGACUGCAUCCUCGGCAUCUGCCAGUGCCAGUGUUACUGUUGCACCAACAACAGGCAGUCCUACGACUGGGACAACAGGUGGAACGAUUCAAACGACCACGACACCAAUACCAACAGGGAGAUCUAUCGUUGUGCCUCGAAAUACAGAUAUUGGUCGUUGUACUUGUGAUUUGACUUCCAAUGCCUGUGAUAUCAACUGUUGCUGUGACAGUGACUGUACUGUAGAAGAUGUUGCAGCAUUUAGCCAGUGCAGUGACUCCUACACAGCUGCUGAAGAUAGGCUGUGUAUUCAAGAGAAUAUCAUUCUGCAAUCCAACAUUGCUGGGCAGUCACCAAAAUACAGCACCUCCAUAUCGAAUAAUCUGUUUUGUAUCCAGAUAGAUAAUUAUGCUGCGAGAAACUAUUUUGAGAUAGCAAAUAAAAUUAACACCACUGAACAGUUUGAUGUGUAUCUGAGCACAUAUGGUGGGCCAUCAUUUCAGCCAACCCAAAGUGUAGGAACAACUUACAACCAAUCUUACAAGAGUGGAUACCCUGUAUACACAAUAUACCCAAGUAAUGCUAUAGGGAAUUUGGGCCUACCAACACCUCUUAUUACAAAGCAGUGUGAUGACAGCAAUCCUGCUGCCUAUUUGGAAGAUCAAACCAGUGAAUGUAUUAGAGAAGUUGCAGAUUUAGCUGUUGAGUGCACUGCAUCGACCCCAACUGCAUUAGCCCUGAAGGCUGGAACAUAUAGUGAUGGAUUCAAAAUUGUGGCUUCUCUGGGUGUCCUUAAUGAUACACUUUAUUCCACUGACCCUCAGGCCCCAGCAUUGUACAACAGCACUGAUCUCAUAAGGUUAAGUAGGCUGCAGUGCUUGGACUCUGCUGGAGUGGAAACGACGUGUACUCAACUGGCAGAAACUGUUGAACCUUUACAGCCAACUUAUGAUGCUGGUGGGAUUUGUAACAAUGUUGUGACACACGUGGAGUAUACAAUUACCCACAAUAGUACAUAUAUUGUUAGUGCAUCAGUGAAAUUGACGCUAAAGGAAGUUUCAACAAAGGACUUUCCAAUGAUCCAGAAAUUUAGCAUUUCCUUCAGUAAGAUUGGAGAAAGUAACACUUUCAAAAGAAGUGGUAACCCUGGUUACGUAGUAGGUCAACCUGUGAUGGCAGGGAAGCAAAAACCGAUAUCAAAUGGAUUUUCUAUAGCACUACCCACAGAUAGAAAUAGUUAUCUUACUUUAGUGACAAGUACUGCAACUGGAGAUUGUGAAAUGGACAGUUCCAAAAGAGUGCCUGUAAAUUUUGGAGAAAAUAUGAGAACUGGUUGUUUGAUAAGAGCUACAUUGACUAAUGUAAGCAGCCAGUGUUCAGUUAUUCAAGAACUGGCUAAAAUAGCACUCCUUGGCAAUUUAAACUCCUCUUCAUAUGUAGCCACCUUUGGAAACAGUCAACCAGAGUACACUGGGGACUGGAUUCCUAUUCUUGGUUUGGAUAACAUUCAAAGUGCAGCAUCUGGUGGUGGUGAUGGAAUCUGUAAUGACAUCAGGUUGGGCAUGCACCUAGAAAUAGUUUAUAUUAAUGUUGGUGCCCUAGCCAAUCCUCAGCCAAAGAUUAUAGGUGUUAAUUGUAAGUUUGAUGACCCACAGAGAAUACAGUACAGAUGCAUAGGCCCUUACUGCCAGCCAGAACUACAAGACCUGACUCAGCCAUUUGAAGUGACCAGUUCUGUUGUUUUUAUCGAUGCUUCUCAGCCAGCAGUGACAGAAGUGGCAGCGCCACCUACUGUAUCUGCCAAGUUACCAGCAGAUUUCUGGUACCCGUUUUAUUCCAAUGAUGGGACUUAAAUAUUUUCUGGACAAACUGGUACAUCAGCAUUGCUAAUACACCAUCAUUUUGUACUUUGAGUUCUAUUGUUAUUAAGAGCACUGUCUGAAAAGUCAUAGCUCCUUUUGUCCAUUAAUUGAGAAUACCCUGGAACUAUUUUGUGGUAUCAUUUUUUAAUUAAACAUUUAUGCUUAGCAGCUAUAGUGAAUUUUUCAACUUAACUCAUUACAACUUUAAAAGAAAGUUUAAACCAAAGAAUGAUUACUUCUGGUCAUUUUUCAAGUAGUUGAACAUUAAACAAAAUACAAAUGAAGUGAAAAAU